UAGUGCUCAGGGGCUGCUUGGAAGGCACGAGGGUUUGAUUAAGCAAAGUGCAAUGUUUGGAGUUGUGAACUUGCAAUAAGGAAAUUGUACACGGUUAUUUUUUGAAAAAGACAAAAUGAGCGGUCUGGACCUGGCUAAAAUCGGAGUAAACCUGUUGAAGAAUGCGGCAACGGGAGAGAUGGUGGAGCUGCAGGCCCUGUGGCAGGACCAGGCCGUCGUGCUGUUUUUCCUGCGGCGGUUCGGCUGUCAGAUUUGCCGCUGGACGGCGGCGGAGAUCAGCAAGCUGAAGGAGGACCUGAGUCAGAACCAGGUGGCUCUGGUGGGCAUCGGGCCCGAGGAGACGGGACUCCAGGAGUUCAAGGAGGGAGGCUUCUUCAAGGGAGACCUGUACAUUGAUGAAAAGAAGCAGUGCUACAAGGACUUAGGCUUCAAAAGGUACUCGGCUUUGAGCGUGGUGCCCGCGGCGUUGGGGAAGAAGGUGCGCGACGUCGUCACCAAGGCAAAUGCCCAGGGGAUCCAAGGGAACUUCAGCGGCGAUCUCUUACAGAGUGGAGGCAUGCUCAUCGUAGGAAAAGGUGGAGAGAAAGUUCUGCUGCACUUUGUCCAGGACUCCCCAGGAGAUUACGUGCCCCUGGAGACCAUUGUCCAGACACUGGGCAUCAAGGCCAGCGUGCAGCCUGGCCAGAGACCACAGUGCAACGACGAGGUGUGCACGAGAUAAAGUCGCUGGGAAGUCCAAAGGACUCUGGGAAGCGGACGCCACAUUCCGGAGUUUUCCUUGGAAGCACUGCAAGGCUGGGCAGCCCUCAUCUCGGUUGGAAGGAAGGGUCUGUACUCCCCCCUGACAACACAGCCUUUGAGUUAGUGGUGCUCAUGAUUUUACAGUCACUUUUGGGUUUAUCCGUUUAAUUGUUUAUUACAAUUAUGUUGAACUUAAGUGACACCCUAAUUGAGUUGUUAAAAGAAUUAACUUAUUACCACUUUUUCCAUGUGCAUGAACCUCAUUUGCUUCUGUUUUGAUGUAGGUCUGAGAAAUACAGGGCAAAUAUAAAUAAAAGAUGUUUUUGAGUAACAGAUUCAGUUAAUGAUAAGGUUGGGGGUCUAGUACAUUUCUGUAAAGGUGUCUUCUGGAUUCAUAUAGAUACAGCUCAAAGGGAUGGUAUACAGAUGUCCUGCUUUCACUCUCUGGGACUGAACAACUUGAUAGAUUGCAGAAUUCAUACACUUAAGUCACCAGCUAUAAUCCUCACAAGCCACUUUAUUUUCUUGUGAGGAGUGGUCCUUUUUGAUGCACCCCCAAAAACUGUUCUUUGCACUUCCUGAGGUCUUGCGUAGUCAAAUACCAGAGGUCUGGUGACAGGCGGAGCAUAUGUCCCUCUCAGAGUGUUUCAGUGUUUUAAAUCUCAUGUAUUGUUUCAGAUGCCAUUGGGUGAAACAGACUUCUGCCUAACCUUUAUAGUGCUUACCUAGGAAAGGUCUGGAAUUAUUUGGUACAGGCUGAUCUUACUGAGAAGGAUUAUGAAAUUAUUUUUAUGUUUUAUAAACUUGUACAUGUUAAGCUUGCAUAUGUCAUCUUAUUAAAACAGUUAGAACUUUUGA